AUGGAUUUGGACAUUGAUAUGGACGAUGCCGCCAUUGGCGAGGCCUUUCAGGACGGCACCGAUGUUCACGAGCACAUCCCGCAAGGUGACGACAUCCUGGUCCCGGACGAGCCAGAAGAGCCAGGCGAAGUAGCCGACGACGGAGAAGCCAAAGAGGACGACGCGUCAAACACCAUUGUCCCUACAAAGAUUCACAUCAGAGGCCUGGAUAACCUACACACAGACGACAUAAAAACAUACGUCAAGGCUCAUUACGGAAUCGUGGACAAGGUGGAAUGGAUUGACGACAGCACAGCGAAUCUCGUCUUCAGCUCCGAACCCGCCGCCCGCGAUGCCAUUGUUGCCCUGAGUGCUAUUGACAUCUCAGAUGCGACCGCUUUGAGCAUUGGCGAGACGAUUCCCGCAAAACCAUUCGAGGGAAAGCCCGAGACUUCUCUACAAAUUCGCUUCGCGAUGCUGGCAGACAAGAAGCAGGCCGGCGCCGCCCUGCGCAGCCGAUACUACCUCCUCCAUCCCGAACACGACCCUGAAGAAAGGCGGAGGCGAUAUCAGGAAAACCGCUCUCGGUACCGUGACCGCGAUAACCGAGGAAACGGAGGUCGUCGAAGACGUUAUUCGGAUGACGAGGUUGAGACGUUCGAGGCGAGCAUGUACGACGAUGCGCCGCAGUCUUCUCGGGACGAUAGACCCGACGCUCGAGGAAACAAUCGCGGCAAGGAGCUGUUUGCAGAUCGCGCAGUGGGGCGAUCAAGCACCAGAAGAGACAGGUCUGCGUCUCCGCGCCGCGACGACGAUGGAGACGCAGCGAUGGACGGCCUCGCCAGUUCGGCAGGUAACAGGACGCAGGCUCGGUCCAUCAGGGGCCGCCUCGCAAGCGACGCCAGGUCGAAAGAGCUCUUCCCUACCAAGCCGUCUAACAGGGGCGGGCAGCUGGACCAGCUCGAAAAGGCCAUUGGCUCAGCCCGGCUGAAGGAGGAGGACAUGCCCAAGAUCGUCGUCAGGCCAGACGAACCAGCCGGCGACGGCCUCAACAUUCGCGGCGUCGCCAAUCAGCGCGCCCAGGGCAAGGACGGCGGCUUCUCCAUCAAAGGAGCCGCCAAUGCCCGCGAGCUGUUUCCCGGCAAAUUUGGAUCGGGCAAUGCGGGCAAGGAGCUGUUGGAUAUAAACCGAACAAAGAAGAGACAAAAGGCGGAAGACUUGUUCUCAUGA